AUGCGUAAUUCUGGAUUGAAAAUAUAUAAGUACGUUUUGAACGACGCCUUGAGAUCAACUGCACGCGAAGCCAGAGUUGUUUAGUUGACAAAAGCAAUCACACAUCUCACAGAAUUCAUCGAUAUAUUCCAACAAAAAUAAAAUUGCUCUUUUUCUUGAAAAUUAUAAAACUUCAAACGUUUCUAAAAACAAAUUUUUUCAUGAUUAGAUCUACUACUAUUUUGAAAACUGAAAUCUUUACUUUAUCUAUUAAAAUUUGCUGUACGACUUUUUUUUCGUCGUUUUACUGAACUUUAAAUGUUAGAAUUAAAUGAUAAAAUAAAUUUGAAUUUCUUGAAUUUUUGUCAUUUAAUCCUAAUAUUUGAAGUUCAAUAAAAUGCUGGAAAAAAGUCGUAUAGCAAGUUGUUAUAAUUGGGACUUCAAUCAUUAAAUUAUGAUGAUAGAUUUAGUCAUAAAAAAUUUUUUUGGAUGUUUUUAAAAAUAAUUGAAUUUUUACAAUUUUCGAAAAAAAAUAUCUUUACUUUUCCACCUAUUACAUGACGUAAAAUCAUCUUUGAAAAAAAACUCAGCACUGUUAAAGUAAAAAUUCUAUGUUCUUCAUUAAAAUGAGAUCAAAUGUUGUUAUAUGAUUAAUUGUUAUAGGAUUUUCUUUUAUAAAGUUAUGGCAGUUUAAAUUAUCGACUAUAUAUAUAUAAUUGAUAGAGUUAUACUUUGUAGAAAUUACAUAGAAAUUACAUUACAUUAGUAGAAAUUAUAAAAUAAAUAUUACAAGGAUUAUUUAUUUUAUAAUUUAUUAAUUUUAUUAUUUAUUUUAUAUAUUUUAUAAGAUUUAUAAGAUUAUUUAUUUUAUAUAUUUCGCGCAGAAAAUAUAAAAAUAUUUAUCAAUAAAUAUUAUUAAAAUGCAGCUAAUUAAUUGUAUUAGUUUAAUUUAUAUUUAUAUAUUUAUCUGCUUAUGCACUUAUAUACGCUGUAUAGUAACUUUUUACUACUAAAUAUCUGUUUACAAUUAUUUAGCAGUUACAAAAUACAAAUAUAUAUUGUAAUUGAUACAUUUAUACAUUUAUAUUUUCUGAUUAGUUCUAAAUUUUACCAGUAUAUUAAUAUAAUAUUAUUGAAAUUUCAAAAUGUUAUAUAUUAUAUACGUUUAUGAUAAGGGUUCAAAUAUUUUUGUAAAUUAUUAUAUGUCUUUCUUUUCUUUCUUAUAAUUUGUUAUAACCUUAGUGCUUUUAGAUAUGUUAGCAAAAUCAUUGCUGAUGUCUGUAAACGACGCCGUAGAAACAAGGGUAAUCGCUCUAAAUGCGUCUACGGGUGCGGUGAUUAGCGCAGUCUGGUUGGAAAGAAGCCCAGGAAGCGUUGGAGAACCAUUCAAGGUCGACAGUCACGCACUCCAACCAGGAUCUGUACCAGAUCCGAAUUUACCAUGGUUUGAAAAUGCGGGUGCCACUACAGAACUGAGGUUCGAUUUACAGAAUUGACAUUCGAAUCCUCACGCACCCCAAUAAAAUUUAAUGCAUGUUUUGCAUGUAUCACUUACGUUGUCAUUGCUUUCAUAUUUCAAAUCAUUUAUCGAAUCUUCGACUCCAUUAAAUUGAAAUUACUUGAAAAAACUUAGGUAAUUUUUAAUUGUUUAAUCACUAAAUUUUGAACAUUCUAGCAUCUUGUGCAAUAUAACUAGAUUUGACGAGGAUUUCAUGGAGUGA